UUGAAGACCGUCCGUGGGCUGAGCCCCAGGGACCGGAAGCUAGAAGCUGCUGCGGCGCAGGGGCCGCUAGGAAAUGUAGUCUGGGCAGGAGGGGGCGCAGCAGCCGGAGUGACAGGACGUUAUUUCCAAUCCCAGCCUUGCCACCACUUAGCUGGGAGGCCUCCAACAAGUCCCUCUGCUUCUCUGGGCUUCAGUCUCCUCCUCUGUAAAAACGAAGGGGUUGGACUAGAUGGCUUCUGACCUCCUUCCACCGUGACCCUGUCGGUGUCUGAAAGGGCUAAAGGCCGGAAGUGAGGGCCGCCGGAAAGCGGAGAUAGAAACAGGAAGUAGUAGGGGCCGCCGGGAGGUGUAGUCGAGGUAGGUUAGAAGAAGCUACAACAAGCAUGGCGGGCCUGGAGCUGCUGUCGGAUCAGGGUUACCGCGUGGACGGGCGACGAGCUGGAGAGCUGCGCAAGAUCCAAGCACGGAUGGGGGUCUUCGCGCAGGCCGAUGGUUCGGCCUACAUCGAACAAGGCAACACUAAAGCGCUGGCCGUGGUCUACGGACCCCACGAGAUGCGGGGCUCUCGGUCAAGAGCAUUGCCAGACCGAGCACUGGUGAACUGCCAAUAUAGCAUGGCUACCUUCAGCACUGGGGAACGAAAGCGACGGCCACAUGGGGACCGCAAGGCCUGUGAAAUGGGACUCCAGCUGAGGCAAACCUUUGAGGCUGCCAUCCUGACCCAGCUCUACCCUCGCUCCCAGAUUGACAUCUAUGUCCAGGUGCUGCAGGCAGAUGGUGGUAAUUAUGCAGCUUGUGUGAAUGCAGCUACAUUAGCCGUGUUGGACGCAGGGAUCCCAAUGAGAGAUUUUGUGUGUGCCUGUUCGGCUGGCUUCGUGGAUGGCACAGCCCUGGCUGACCUGAGCCAUGUGGAGGAGGCAGCGGGUGGACCACAGGUGGCUCUGGCCCUGCUACCCGCCUCCGGCCAGCUUGCCCUGCUAGAGAUGGAUGCCCGGCUCCAUGAAGACCACCUGCAGCAGGUACUAGAAGCAGCUUCCCAGGCUGCCCGAGAUGUUCAUGCCUUAUUGGACCGAGUGGUCAGGCAGCAUGUCCGAGAGGCUGCCCUGCUCCUUGGAGACUGACCCUGACCCUGUAAUAAAGUCUUUCAUUCUUUCCCUAA